UUUCUUUCUUUUGCAAGUGGCCGCAGACAUACUAAAGAAACCUUUCUUCUGUGGUUCUUGAAGGUCAACCUGCACUUGUCAUGCUCCAGUCCGCCAUUGUUGGAGCUGCGGUGCACAAUGGGCAUGACCGAAAGAGAAGAGCAAGACCCAUUGUUGGUAUCUCCAUCCCACGAUGAAGAUGAAGGCCGGGGAGAGAAAGAGGACGGUUCAGACCAGGUGGGUCUGAUCAGCCGCACGUUGUCGGAGUCGAAGGAGCUGUGGCGGGUCGCCGGGCCUUCCAUCUUCAGUCGGGUGGCCCUGUACUCCAUAACCGUCGUCACUCAAGCCUUCGCCGGCCACCUUGGGGACAUCGAUCUCGCCGCCAUCUCCAUUGCCACCACCGUCAUUAUCUCCAUCAGCUUCGGGUUCUUGCUGGGCAUGGCUAGUGCUCUGGAGACUUUAUGUGGCCAAGCCUAUGGAGCCAAACAAUACCGGAUGCUAGGCAUAUACCUGCAACGUUCCUGGAUAGUUCUAUUCACAUGCUCAAUUUUAAUGCUACCUCUUUUUGUUUUCACUACUCCGAUUCUGAAGCUCAUUGGUCAGUCCAGCGCAGUGGCUGAGCAGACGGGUGUGGUUGCUAUUUGGUUAAUUCCAUUCCACUUGUGCUUCCCAUUCCAAUUCACGCUACAGAGGUUCUUGCAGAGCCAACUUAAGACUGCAGUUAUUGUAUGGGUCUCGGGGGGAUCUCUUGCACUCCAUACGCUUAUUAGUUGGCUGUUUGUUUACAAAUUGAGAGUUGGGCUCGUUGGAACGGCUUUAACUAUUGACUUCUCCUGGUGGGUUACAGUCCUUGGUAUGUUUGCUUACACUGUUUGUGGCGGUUGUCCUCUUACGUGGACUGGAUUGUCAACUCAGGCCAUCAUUGGGCUGGGGGAGUUUUUCAAGCUCUCCAUUGCUUCAGGAGUCAUGCUCUUGUUGGAGAAUUUCUAUUACAGAGUACUCAUCAUAAUGUCAGGGUAUUUAAACAACUCAGAGGUUGCAGUUGAUGCCCUGUCCAUUUGCAUUACUAUGUUUGGCUGGGAAUCAAUGAUUGCACUGGGAUUUUUGGCUGCAACUGGAGUCCGGGUAGCAAAUGAGCUAGGUGCAGGUAAUGCGAAGGGUGCCAAAUUUGCUCUACUGGUGUCGUUGUUCAGCUCUCUGGUGGUGGGGAUACUCUUCUGCACUAUUGUUAUUGCCUUCAACGAGAAGCUUGCAAUGAUCUUUUCCUCGAGCGUUUCUAUUAUAAAAAUGGUCAAUGAGCUAGCAGUCUUAUUGGCAUUCACCAUUCUGUUCAAUUCAAUUCAACCAGUACUGUCAGGUGCAGCUGUUGGAUCUGGUUGGCAAGCAUUAGCAGCUGUGGUUAACAUCGGUAGCUAUUACUUAAUUGGGGUUCCCCUUGGAGUUCUCUUUGGUUGGUUUUUGAGUUUUGGUAUCGCGGGGACAUGGGCUGGGAUGAUCAGUGGAACUGUGGUCCAGACAUUGAUAUUAGCACUUAUCACUGUCAAAUGUGAUUGGGAGGAGGAGGCUCGGAAAGCUAAGACUCGUGUAAGGAAUGAGGCAGGUUUGAUCGGUGAUACGUAAUGUGCUGCGUGCAAUCACAUGAUUGAUGAGGCUUGUAUGGUGGUAUAUGGCAUUGUAAAUCUCAGGAGGACAAUCAUUGAAGAAGUGAUCGAAGAAUUAAGUCUGCAGAGCAGGUAUGUCUUGCCAUAGAGUAUCAUUCUGAUUGAUUUUCAGGGAUGGAUCUAAUUCAUGCAGAACCAAAGUGAGUCAUACGAAUGUUGGUCUUAAUAUGCAAACUUGACAAAAGAGGGUACAUUCCAACUCCAUGGAAAAUCAGUAAAACAAGCUAUUAGCAUGUCCCAUGAUGUUUGUAUAACUUGGUAAGGUUGUCCAUUUGUUUGUGGGGUGGAUGGCGGUACUGGUGUAGCGUAGUUUCCAUGGCUUGUUAAAAUCCACUCAAAAAUCACGAUGUGUGAUUUUAUUCGCUAAAGUAUAUUGGCCUCACAUGAUAUUCACGUCA